AUGACCAGCCCAGACCUCGCCGCAACCGUUUCCCACGUUUGGCAACCUAUCGCCCCGAUUUCGGAAGACUUUACCUACGAUUUCUUUGCAAUCGACGGUUUGCAACGACAGUGGCUCGCCCAUCGCCCAUCGCUCGAGGCAUCCGCAUCUACCGCGUAUGAGGAUCUCUUGGCUCGGCUGACCCGUAGCUGGGCUAUCGAAACUGGCAUCAUUGAAGGUUUGUACACUCUUGACCGGGGUGUCACUGAAACGCUAGUGGCGCAGGGCAUCUCUGUAGACCUGAUUGAGCGAAGCUCCACCAACAAGUCCCCGGCCGAUUUAGCUAGGAUACUGAACGACCAUCAAGACGCCAUUGUCGGCAUCUACGCCAAAAUCAAGGAAGAGCUACCGAUUACGCGUAUCUCCAUUCUACAGCUGCACACCGUCCUGACCCGAAACCAGCAAACCCACACUGUGGUAGACCAUUUGGGACGUGAGUUCGAAGCCCGGCUUAUUCCCGGCGAAUUCAAAAAAUGGCUGAACAACCCCACCCGACCCGAUAAUGGAACCAUCCAUGAAUACUGCCCGCCCGAGCAGGUCGACAGCGAACUUGACAAUCUACUGGAACAUUACAAUGCAUACCUGCAAGACUCCGACCGUUAUCAUCCCCUGCUAACCGCUGCUUGGCUCCACCACCGCUUCGUCCAAAUUCACCCCUUCUCGGACGGCAAUGGCCGCGUUGUCCGCGCCUUGCUCACUUGGCACUUGGUUCGGGAAAACUACCUGCCAAUAGUAGUGACCCGUGAUGACCGGCCGCGCUACAUAGCCGCCCUUGAAAAAGCGGACGCUGGCAACUUAGUGCCCUUCGUUGACCUGCUGGUGCUAUUGCAACGGCGUGCCAUAGUGGAAGCCCUUGACAAACACGAACCUGAGCCCGCUGGACUCGUCGAUCAGGUGCUAAGUCACAUUGUGUCCCAAGUCGGCCGUCGCAACGCCGAGCACGAAGCUCAGCUGCGUUCCGUCAAUGACACUGCACAGGCCCUACGUGACCACGCCGCUUCCCAGCUGACCAGGCAGGCUGACCAAAUCGCUUCCCAAUUGAACCAAGUCGGUAUCAAUAUGGAGCCAGAGGUCAUCAAUGGCGGCCCCGGCGACAAAGAGCAUUGGUAUCACAGGGAGGUUGUAGAGUCAGCCAACCAAGCCACUCCCAGGCAAUGGGUGAACUUCAACGAAUCCCGGUUCUGGGUCAGGCUCGCCAUGAACCCUCGCUCAAACCCCGGUCAGUCCCGUCUCGUUUUUCUAGUGUCGUUGCAUCACAUCGAGUGGCAGUUGUCCGGGUUAAUGUCAGCAACCGCCUUUGCUCGGGUAGAGCAUUACAAAGACCCGGCGGAUCCGGAUACGCCUGAAAAUCCGCACACGUUCAUUAACUGCACACCUCCGGAUACCUUCACCAUUACCAACGAAUACGAUGUCUAUGCCCUCUACCCCCGUUUCGCUACGUGGACCGAACAGGCCCUUGCCAUCGCCCUGCAACAGUGGGGGCAUUACCUCGCCUGA